GGCGACUCCCCCAUUCCCUUUCCCCGGUGACGGCCACGGGCUUUUCUUGGAUGGAAACGGAGCUUGGAGAAGAGUAGGCGGGGAGAGAGAGAGAGAGACGAAGGCGAGGCUCCGCGACAUCCGAGGGUCCCGCCGACCCGCCGCCCGGACAGCCGAAUUCACAGCUGCUGCUUCGUGGUUAGGAGACCCGCAAGCUAAGCCGGCACCGCCGCCGCCGCUCCAGACCUGCCCCUCCAUCCCUCCCUCAGUUGCACGCUGGUUGGCUGGCUGCCUCUCCGCGGGCCCGAGUCAAAGUCCGCCUGCCUGGCACCCCUCCGGUAUCUCCGCCGUCGCCUCCGCCCGGGGCUCUAGUAUGCCAGUGACGCCCCGGCCGUCGCCCUGCCGGAGCCGCGAUGAAGGAGAAGUCCAAGAACGCCGCCAAGACGCGGCGGGAAAAGGAGAACGGCGAAUUCUACGAGCUGGCCAAGCUGCUGCCCCUGCCCUCGGCCAUCACCUCCCAGCUGGACAAGGCGUCCGUCAUCCGCCUCACCACCAGCUACCUGAAAAUGAGAGCGGUCUUCCCGGAAGGUUUGGGAGAUGCCUGGGGACAACCAAAUAGAUUAGGUCCCUUGGAUAACAUUGCAAAGGAGCUGGGUUCACAUUUACUUCAGACUCUGGAUGGGUUUGUUUUUGUGGUAGCGUCUGAUGGCAAAAUAAUGUAUAUCUCAGAAACAGCUUCUGUUCAUCUAGGUUUAUCCCAGGUAGAACUAACUGGUAAUAGCAUUUAUGAAUAUAUACAUCCAUCAGAUCAUGAUGAAAUGACAGCCAUUUUAACAGCUCACCAACCACUUCAUCCCCGUAUUUUACAAGAAUAUGAAAUAGAGAGAUCUUUUUUCCUGCGAAUGAAGUGUGUCUUGGCCAAACGAAAUGCAGGAUUAACAAGUAGUGGUUACAAGGUGAUCCAUUGCAGUGGCUACUUGAAAAUUCGGCAAUAUAUGCUGGAUAUAUCUUUGUAUGACACCUGUUACCAAAUUGUGGGGUUGGUUGCUGUAGGCCAAUCACUACCUCCAAGCGCAAUUACUGAGAUCAAACUUCAUAGUAAUAUGUUUAUGUUCAGAGCAAGCCUGGACUUAAAGCUUAUCUUUUUGGAUUCCAGAGUCACUGAAUUAACUGGAUAUGAGCCACAAGAUUUGAUAGAGAAAACUCUUUACCACCAUGUGCAUGGAUGUGAUGUGUUUCAUUUACGAUAUGCUCACCACCUUUUGUUGGUGAAAGGACAAGUCACAACCAAGUACUAUCGGUUGUUGUCAAAAAAUGGUGGCUGGGUUUGGAUCCAGAGCUAUGCCACUAUUGUACAUAAUAGCCGCUCAUCAAGACCUCACUGCAUAGUGAGUGUCAAUUAUGUCCUAACAGAUAUAGAAUAUAAGGAACUUCCAUUGUCACUGGACCAAAUUGCCGUUUCUAAAUCACAAUUUUCAUGCAGAAAUUUGAUGUCUACCUCACAAGAAACAAGAAAAGCAAUAAAACCUAGGAGUAAUAAAAUGAAGAUGAAACUCAGACCAACUCCUUAUCCACAGCAGCAAUACGGUUCAUUCCAGACAGAGAAGCUGGAAUGUGGCCAAAUUGGAAGUUGGAGAUCUAGCUCCAUAGCAAACUCUGCCACCAUCCAAGAACAAGCCUUUCAUUCAGAAAACAGUGAACUUUUAUACACCCCACCGUACAGCUUGCCUUUCUCAUAUCAUUAUGGGCACUUCCCUGUAGACUCUCAUGUAUUCAGUAGCAAAAAACAAAUGCUGCCUUCUAAAUUUGGCCAACCUCAAGGAACACCUUGUGAAGUAGCACGGUUCUUCUUAAGUACAUUGCAGACAAGUGGAGAGUGCCAAUGGCACUACACCAAUUCUCUUGUUCCAGGGAGUCAAUCACCAUGUAAAAGUCCUGAUCAGUCAGCAUGUAAUGUACGCCAUAAUCUCUUACAAAAUUAUGAAGUGCCACUACCACAUAGACGAUACAACCAUGAAAGUACCUCUGAAAGUUUUACAAGUUGUGCUAGCUUGACACCCAAUAGCAAAUACAAAGAAGAAAUCUACGAUUCUGGCAUUAUAAAACACAGCAAAACAGAAAGCAGAAUUUGUCCAGCACACCAUCUCAUUAAAGAAGAAAGUAAAGUAGUUUUCAACAGAGACUUGCAAGAAAAAAACAGCAUUAGUGAAAAGGCCUUUUCAAAUUCCUCCAAUUCCUUUUUAUCAAAAUCAGAAUCUUUCCAAAAUAAGUCAAUUGGACAGUUAAGUCACUUUGUCCCAGUUCCUACAGUAUAUGAACAAGCAAGAAGAAUUUAUAUGAAAGAACCAAAAUAUGAAAAUAUUGCUACUCAUGCUACAAAUUUAAGUGAGCUGGAAUCUGAGGACAGAAUGAUUGCAAAGCUUGACAGUGACCCUGAAAACGACCAUACGGUGGAUGUAAGACAUGCAGGACAGGUUCCGCUUGUCUUUCUGAACUAUCACCGAGUUUUAGCCAAACAUGGCACAUUUCAAACUUCUUCAUGCAUGGCGACAGGCCACAUAACAGAAAAUUAUGGACACAAUUCUGAGGAAGUAAAUAUGUUUUACAAAAACCAAAGCCCCUCAUCAGCUUCUUCCCCUGAAACUCACAAAGAAUCCACACUUCCUCAUUAUAUUGGAACUUCUGUAAUAAUAGCCAGUGGAAGGUAACAAUAAUUGAGCCUAUUAUUAAAUUAAAAUAAACAAAUUGGAAUAGUUUCCAGAGAGCAUGAAUAUGCAUGGCUGUAGCCAGUAAGGAAAGUUCAAGGUCAGUGGGUACAAACUUGUAGGUUAGCCAUGUAAAGUAAUACAUUUAAGGUGAGGAAACAGAAAACGUCAGUGUUGUUUUAUUACUAAUUAAUCUCUGCAGGUUGACUCUGCCAUCAAGAAGCCAUGUAACAGAUGAUAUUUUUUAUUAUUCUUAAAGUUUACACCUUGAUUUUACAAGUAUCAGUACAAAGAUGGUUUUCUUAUCAACUUCAAUUCUACAAUUAUGUUAACAUGCCUGCUAAAUGGAUAUACUUAUUUAUGGCAGUUUUUUCAAGUAAUCCUUAUUCAAUAUCCUGGGAACAUUAAUGUUUACAAAUCAUUCAUUUUAAUCCCUCUGACUUUAAUAUAUUUUAUCAAAGCACUCAAGAAUUGCCAUCCUGCAUGACAACUAUGCAUCUUUGAACAAUUAAAAACUCCAUGCUUACCGUUUGAAAUAUCUACCAAAGAGUUGACACUGUACUAAAGUUAUUAUAUGAACCUUUUUAAAGAAUCUCUGAAAACCAAGAAGAACUUUUUCUGUUUCAGAUACAACUUCUAGAUAAAAGAAUAGAUCCAACAUUUCCUUUAAUUCUGAUCCAAGAAAGUAGAGAAGAUGUAUUCUGCUAAUUUUGCUUUGAUAAUGAGAUUUCAAUUUCUUUCAUUUCAGCAGUAAUCCUUUUCCAGAGGGUUUUGUGUGUGUGUGUUUAACCCAACACAUUGUGGCAGUUGGCUUGUUAAGCUAUGAUAAAAUGCAUUCACAGAAGGAAUAAAUGAUAAUCUGAUACUCCUCAGGCCUGUAAAAUUUACUUUGGAUUUUUAGUAGAAUAUAUAUUAUGUUGAUUUUUUUAUCUGGAGAAUAACAGUCUAAACACUUAAAAAUGUUUUAUGUUGUAAGAAUUCACAAUAAGUACUCUUCAGAAUCUUUUUGGGAGCACUCCAGAAUACAUAUAAAGGAAACCAUGUUCAUAUGGUCCUGCUCCUAAAACUGAUUGCAGGUCACAAAAAUUGUGUGGAUAAGAGAACUUCUGCAUGCAAUUACUGGAAUAUGCUACUAUUAGCUGGAUGUAACUAUUGAAACACAUUUUCCUAUUUUUAAGAACAUAAUAAAAAACCCUAAUAGGUCCACACAUGUAUGUAUGUGUGUGUAAUGUACAUUAAAAUUUAUGUAUAAUAUAUACUGACAUAACAAUACAGGUAGUCCUUGACUUAUGACCAUA